AUCACUAUCAAGUAUCAUAAAGCAUAAGAUUCGUGUAAAGAUGAAGAAGUCUUCGUUGUUCUUCGUAUUGUUAUGUUUGUUUCAAAUAAGCAAAUUAGGUUUCUGCUUAGCAGGUAGCGUUCAUAAGGAUAACUACAAUGGAGAUAAACGUCAUGGGAUCAUACGUGUCACUAGUUUCGGAGCUGUCGGCGAUGGAAAGACCGAUGAUACUCAGGCAUUUCUUAAGGCAUGGGAAGUUGUAUGUAACGGAGGAAAUGAUACAACCCUUCUAAUGCCUCUAGGAAAAACGUUUAUGCUUAAGCCGAUUAAGUUCGCAGGUCCAUGCAAGUCUUCCUCUGUCACCUUUUUGAUAAGAGGCAAUCUUGUUGCGCCGGGUUACACUUGGGACGUGGGAAUUUGCCCUGCAUGGAUUAGUUUUGGAAGUAUCAACGGUCUAGUUGUCAAAGGAGGAGGCACCCUCGACAGUCGUGGUUCUGUGUGGUGGGGUUCCGGAAAUGCUCAGGAUACGGAUCGUCCCACCGCAAUGCAUUUCAACAGCUGUAAUGGUCUUAGGGUGUAUAAUAUUCAACACUUGGACAGUCCUCGGAACCACAUAGGUCUAAGCAGCUCAAAGAACAUCAGCAUAUCGGGACUAAAGUUGACUGCACCUGGUGAUAGUCCCAAUACGGAUGGUAUAGACAUAUCGAACUGUAUAGGAGUCGACAUACGUGACUCAGUGAUAUCCACUGGAGACGACUGCAUUGCCAUUAAUAGCGGUUCCUCUUUUAUCAACAUAACCGGCCUUUUUUGCGGUCCCGGUCAUGGCAUCAGCGUGGGAAGCCUUGGAAAAGAUGGAGAGUUUGCAACCGUUGAAGAAGUGAGAGUAAAGAACUGCACUUUGUCAAACACAACGAACGGUGUCCGCAUCAAGACAUACCAGAACGGAUUAGGAUAUGCUCGGAAAAUAUCAUUCGAGGAUAUCAAUAUGGUGGAUUCAAAGAACCCUAUUAUCAUCGAACAGAACUACUACAACCGGGGCAAACUCGAAGAAGUAGGCUUUGAGUAUAGUAACUAUCAAAACCUUGGUAGUAAAAAUCGUUUUUACCAGACUGAGUCUGGCAAUGCAAGAGGCGUGAAAGUGAGCGAUGUGCGUUACAGUAGAAUAUCCGGUUCAUCUGCGAGCGACAAUGCCGUCACGUUUAACUGCAAUGCGGACUUGGGAUGCGACGAUAUUGUGAUGGACGAUGUGAAUAUUGUUUCGGCGAAAGCAGGUCAGGUAGUGUCGGCUUCUUGCAAUAAUGUUCAUGGGAGUUAUCUUAAUUCACCUGUUAGUUGUAUUAAUAAGUAGUUGGAGGGGGUACGUGAUGUUAUUGCAUUUGUAUUUGGAAGAACCAAAGAACGUUUUAAAAUUAUGUUAAGGCUGAUUAAUAAAAUAUCAAAAAUGUCACUGCAAAUUCUGAGACUAUUGAGAAGGGA